AUGAGCAAUGCCUCGAGCACAGCUCCUGGAAACACUGUGGGCUCGCUGUUUACUGGCCUCAAAUUCUUCCUCGUGCACAAGCUGCCCGCGCGUACCCAAUUGAUCGCCGACAUCGAGGCCAACGGCGGAAGCGUGGUCCGCCUCGAGAAGCAGGCCGACUUUGUCAUUGCCGAUCAUGCGAGAAGAGAUGCGCCCACGGGCAGCUACUCCUGGAAACUGAUCUCGACUGCCAUUGAAGAUGGCGCAAUGCCCGAUCCUGCCGACUACCCUGCCGGUCCACCACCAGGCACCGUUCGUGAUAUCGCCUCGGGCGUGCCAGGCAAGAGCAAACGGACUGCGUUCACACUGGAAGACGACAAGGAGCUGUGGCAGUGGGUGCAGGAGCAGGCCCCCGGAGGUUAUGGAGUCAAGGGCAAUGAGAUAUACAGGCGGCUCGAACAGCGCAAUCCGCGCCACACGAUGCAAGCUUGGCGUGAUCGCUAUAUGAAAAAGCUCAUGGACCAUCCGCCUGCCGGUAUCAAUCUUACCGUGCCAGCAAGGCCUCCUCCAAGCCCUCCCACGGCAUUAGAUGAGCAGGGUAGUACUCAUGGUAUACGCACACCUCCUGUCAAACGACGUCGGGUCGAAGCAUCGACAGAGCAGGCGGUUGGCGUAGGUGAUGAUCCCGAUGCUCAAUCAGCAAAUGGUGAGUCCGAAGCUUCCAACGAAGAAUUGGCUAGUAAUACCACGCCUGAACGCUACGCCACCAAAGAUCAUAGCGCUGCGAACUUCUCCGUCGUCCAGGUCAAGGCCAACGAGUCAGGUCAGGUAGACUCGGAUAUUUCAACCUCGGACGCGAAUCAAGCUGCAACUAGGCAGAUCAUGAGCCUGCUGCCUAUAGAAAGCAUUGAGUACCAUGCAUCGAGAACACAAGACACGCCGGCGACAGCUACAGAAAGCAGUAAAAACUCCGAGGAGGAUGAAGCGGCCGAGCUUGAAUCGUGGAUGGCCACCAUGAAAGUCCGUGGGCACGAUGAUAAUCUCGUGAUCGAGGCUCUGAAAUGUACCAGUAUGAACCUCGGCCUGGCCGAGCUGGUUUUGAUGCACGUGAAAGGCGGCAAAGGAAUUCCAGACGAUGUCCCUGGUGUGUGGACUCACGAAGAGGACGAGCAGGUGGAAGGAGGCAACGCUAGAGCUCUCAGAGUGCUCGAGACGAAACACGGCUGGCCGGCUUGCACCGCGAGAUUGCGGUUCUUGGAGAGGUACCGAAACGAGGACUGAGUGAGGCACAUCAUGACGAAAAUCAGUGUAACAUCUACUACUAUUGCUUUAUGAGAUACCCC